GCGUCAGCGUCGUCGCCGAGCCUCCGGAGCAUCCGCAGCCGGGCCGGCCCAAAAGCGCCGUUCUGGGCCCCCGGGCGGCCGCCCCGCUGCGCCCCCCUCGGGGCAGCCCCGCCCCCGCCCUGGGGGCCGCCCCGGGCCGGGGCCGCCCCCGUCGGUCGGCCCUGAGCUGCGGCUGGGCGCGAGCGCGCGCGUGCGCGCGCCCACGAUCUCGGGUGUUACCACAAUCCCCGAGCGAUGAUGAGGGGCGGCGGCGGCGGACGCGGCGGCGCACGCGGGCUGCUGCCGGCCCUGCUGGGGCUGCUGUGCGGCGGUGCGCUCUCUGGGAGCGACUCGAGCCGGUCGAAGUGCAACGCCCGGUUCAAGGCGCCCGAGGAGCCCAGGCUGGCCACGGAGCACAACGGCGUGGCGCUGGAGGAGACGUGCUUCGACCGCGAGGGCCCGCACCACGUCUUCGUCAUCGGCGACUGGGGCGGCAUGGACAC